UGUCACGUCACAUCGACAUGCAGGUACUUCUCCCAGAAGCAACUACUGGACAGAGUUCCAAGCUUCUUCCUUGUGUUCGGUGGUAUAUACGCUGUCAUCCAACUCAUUGGCUGCUGCCUGCUGUUCAGCGCGCCACCUACCGUCGCUUUGAAUGAGGAGAAAGAGGAUGAGGAGAAGAAACCACUGGUAGAGAAUGGAGAGCAAAAGAAACCAUUAGUAGCGGAAGCGUCCUCAGUGGGUAUAGACGUUCCACCGCUGGCUGUACUGAGAACUCGCUCCUUCUGGACUCUAUGGAUCAUCAUUGCUACCGGUGACCAAGGCAUUUUCUUUGUCGCCAAUCUCUACAAGGUAUAUGGGCAGACGUUCAUCUACGAUGACAAGUUUCUCGCACUGGUGGGUUCGUUGGCAUCUAUUGGGAACUCGCUGGGGAGGAUAAUGUGGGGAAUCGUCAUUGAUAAAUCAACGUUCAAGACGUGCAUGAUCUGCCUGAACGCGGGUCUGUUUGCCCUCGUCAUGACACUCAUUGCCACGCCGCACGGGGGCGCCACUAUGUACGCCGUGUGGAUUAGCGCCAUCUACCUGGUGUUUUCGGGACUAUUCAUCCUCAUACCGACAGCGGUCAGUCGCUGCUUCGGCCAAAAAUAUUUCGCCAUCAACUUCGGAUUGGUUUUCAGCGCAAACGCAAUAACCACACCAAUAGGGGCGCUCCUGGCAUCUCUACUCCUAGAUCCCUUGGGUUGGUUCGGAAUGUUCAGUCUAGUGUCGGCAUGUGUGCUUGCAGCAAUGGCGUUUACGUUUACAUUCAAUGGAAAGCGAGCUGAUGGGAGACCGGUGUGACGUCAUUAAACGCCCGCGCCACGUCGUGAGUGUCAUGGCGACUCAUCAUGAAAAACGAUUCGGCACGUGUAGAAACGGCGAGGCGUUGAAAUCCAGGCACCCGCAUAUACCAUUGCCAAUAUCGCGCGCGUUACAGCUGACUAGAGGUAUACUCGUAAAUCUACUCUGUAAAUGUUUGACUAGUAAAUUGCAAUCUCCGGGAACAACAAUAAGACAAUAAAUUUCGAGUGCCGAUUGCAAAGGUCCAAUGAUCGCGCGAAGUACCCCCAUGCCCGAUGCCCUAAUAUCCCCUAUAUCAUAUCCGAUAACUAUAUAUACUAUAUAUACUAUAUAUACGAAAUAACGACGCCCUCUUUGGGAAUUGUUGCUAGAAUGGUUAAGUUCACCCAAUGUAGUCGCGUUUUUCACGGGUGCACGCCAAAUUGUCGACUUUGCGGCAGGGUCGUAGCUACCAUUAGGCAAUAGGAGGCAAAUGCCUCCUACAAAAUUUCUCAAAAAAAUUAAGCGGGCCCCAUA